GGCUUGUCUGGGCUGAAAGCCACACGGGCCGCGCCGCAAACUACCCUCGCGAACGAUCCAGAGCCCCGGGAGACGUUCUAAAGAUAGAAAACAGGAACCGUGCCAGUGGAUCGUCGUCCGAAAAUCCUGGUUACGGUCCACGGGAACCGUUUGUCACGCGGAUGAACGCCCUCUGCGACGGGAAUUGUGCGCACACGCGAGGGACUAACGUUAAAACACGCGGAAGAGCGACGUCGAGCAUCGGAUGAGGAUAUGUGCGCGCCAACGGUGUCCUCGACUCGCAUCCUUGGCCCGAGAUGAGGAAAAGGGAACACGGUGCACCAGCAGCUUUUCGCUAACGAGUAACAGAGGGCCGCGAGGCCAGCCAAAGCGUGGACGAAGUUUGUAAAUCGUGCGAAUCGAUUCGGCCGACUCGAUUCGAAUACGCGACGCGAGCCGUGAGAAGUCGCGUUUUAUGUAUCAGCGGAGAACUUCAACGGAACCUCGUCAUCGGCGGAGCGUGAAGAACUUCAAAAGGGUUCGCUAACGAUGGAAUCAGCGAGGUCCCCAAAGUGAAUCGUUUCUUUGAAGGACGCGGAUGAGCAUGGAUAUCAGUGAAAUUCGAACCCACCAGCGAGACCAAACGUUGUCGAACGACCUACGAUGAGGAACUGUUGAGGGUGCUCGGAGCUUAAAGGACGAGUGAACGCGAGUCUCACGUGUAAACCUGGACACUCGACAACCACAGACGCGCGCAGAACAACCGAACGUCCCGUAUCCUCGAAACGAUCGUAGAAUGGUAAUCGCGAACGCCAUUGAUCGGUGAUGAACGUUUAGAGACUCCGUUGUCGAUGGUGUUAUCCCUGGCAGGCUCGCGACGAGGAAGGAAAUAUUUGAAAAAAACGUUGAGUGAAACGGGUUUAAACGGCAGUGAUUCCGUGAGUUCGUCGAGAGGCAGAGCCCUCCCUUCCUGGAGGCCCCUUAAUUAAAAGUGUUCGGCCGUUUUUCGAUCCGAUUGGUUCCUGUUAGGUGUCGUUGAUGCGCGUCAAAGAUUAACGAGGCUCGAUUGGGGAGCCCAGGCUCGGGUUUGGUCCGGAAAGCAUAGUAAUUGUUCGAUUCCACGAGGAAUCGUUGCGAGUGUGUUAGUGCUUCUUUAUUUCCACGGAGGGAAGAAACCGAUUGCCUCCGAACAUGGGCUGCGAACUUGGCAAAUUGGCGACUGUGAAGACGCCACCGCAAACUGCCACGGAUCCACGACUUCCGCUCACGGCGAAACAGAAAUUUACGGUUAUGGCCAGCUGGAAAGCCGUGUCCAGAGCGCUGGAGCCAACCGGCGUCUACAUGUUCAUAAGGUUGUUCGAGGAAAAUGCGGAAUUGUUAAAUAUGUUCGAGCAAUUUCGCGAACUCAAGACGAAAGAGCAACAAUCUAAUAGCAUGGAGCUGGCACAACACGCGGAAAAAGUUAUGUCUGCCCUCAACGAAGGUAUCAAAGGCCUCGACGACAUGGACGUCUUCUUGACCUGCCUUCAUCAAGUCGGUGCCAGCCACACGAAAAUUCCUGGCUUCAAUCCGCAAUAUUUUUGGAAAAUUGAAAAGCCAUUCCUAGACGCCGUGGAGAGAACCCUGGAAGAUCGGUACUCAGAGAACGUGGAGAACAUUUACAAGCUGACGAUAAAGUUCAUCAUCGAAACUCUGAUCGAAGGCUUCAACAAGGCCCAAAACGACAAAGCACAGACCGACACGGCUAAAUCCUAGUCGUCUCGGUCGCGAAGAACCGAAGGAACCUUAAUGUCCGAAGGGGAAGUCUCCUGAUCGCUUUCUGUCCCUCGGGACUUGAUUUUCGUACGGGAAGCGAGCAAUCCCAAAAAGAGAACGAAUAGACCACUCGAUCGCACAAUCGUUCGUUUAUUCCGAAAUAUCUCCAUUUCUUCAGAUCUGUUGUAAUCUGCGUGAUCGAACGUUCAAGCAGAAUCGAGCCAGUGGGAACCGUGUAAACGCAUUAACGUCGAAUAACGUUCUUUUUUACGGAAGCACAAGUGGUGCUUUGCGGAUGGUUAGAUUUCAAAUUAUUUUCCAUCGAGCGGGUCUCGGUUAUGGGAAAUAAUAUACGUGGGAAAAAUAACUAUGAUUAUCGUAUUGCACACUUGGUCGUUUCGUCCCGCAAAACAAAUGACGAAACGAAUCGUGGAUUCUAUUGACGGUCAAAGAAGAAUAAAUAACGCGGCAUCGUUUCGGAUUAUUGACUUCCUGUUCAUCGGUCGGCUUCUUUGUACGAUUCAACUUAAUUUCGCUUGUUUGUAUUUGUCGAUAAACGAUGGGAUCGUUGAGAUGAAAUUUGAACGACGUAAAUAUGGUACACAAAAGAAAUUGGGUGACCAGAUACAAAGCAGGACUCAACGUUUUCUCAUUGAUUCGUUAAUUUUUGAAUUCGUGUUCCCGACACGUGACACUCGGAAUUAAAUUCCACGAGAUUCGAUACCAUAGUCAUCGAUGCUUACCAAACAUUCAGCGUUUUCUAACAUGUAUAGUAAGAAAUCAGAAAUUUUAGAGAAAAAGGAGUUUCCGAAACGUCAUUACGUAGAAUAAAAUACUUUGGCACGCGAAAGUAUCACGAGAAGGCGAUGAGAAUUUUAUGAAUUAAUUAACGUAAUUAUGAAUUAACGUAUGCUGUUCGUAAUUCUAAAGAGCAUGUUUUCAGCUUCAAAGUGACUAUAAACGCAAGUUAUUCUCUCGACGUGCCGCGUAAAUAUCAAAGGCGAGAUGGGGAUGCGUCGGUCACAUUCGUUGAAUUUUCCAUUUUACCGUGCAACAUUUUCUCAGGGGUGCAAAUACACACGUGUGAGGAGUUCGAAAUAAAAAGUAUCAGCGGCCGUGGUAUCGAAUCUCGGUCGAUUUAACGUGGAAUGAGUCGAACACGCGGUUAAUUCGAAUACAUUUUAAGCGAAUUCGCGUGCACUUCUGGCUUUCAGCGUGCGCUCGAUAAUUGGUAUCAGAAUUACCUCGAACCAAUCGAAGUUGACUGGUGUUUUUAUUCAUGAGAGCCUUGGGUUACGUAAGUCGCGUAUGUAGCACAGCUUUCUAUAGUUCACGAUAAAAUAUGUUCCCUGCCCAUUGCUCUGAGAAUCUCGUAAUGGGAAACAGAAUUUAAAAGAAUUUAGAAUCAUUAUUGGAAAGCUUCAUCGAAAUUCGAAGUAAAGUCGUUGAAUUAAAAAUGCUGUUUAUAGUUCGUUACGAGUCAUUUUCUUUUAUCCGAAAUUCAGAAACGAAAUUAAACAAGUUACGAAAUUUUUCACUCGCCACACACGCACACGGGGUAGCGAAGAUUAAAGAGGGUUAGGCGUUUCCUCUGCGACGUUCGGGGACUACCUAUACGUUUUUCUAUAUGACAAUUACGACUCGAGUUUCACUGUAUCUGCCAUGUCCAUGCAUCUGCCGUUAAUUCGUGUGUCACGAAGCGUUUCAAAGUCACCUCGUUACAAGGGAGCAAUAUUGGAAAGUGUCAGAACGGCUAACAAAGAAAUCGAUAACCUGUAUUCUCACAAAGUACAGAAUCCAUUAGGCAGCUUAUAAGCGUGACAAAAUGCAAUGGCACGUGUGCGAAAAAGAUUAUUAAUAAGUGUUACAUUGAUUUCUCGGCGACUGUGAUGUUCAUUUGAACUUCUCCCUCGUGGUUUGGUUUUGUGUCCGUUCAACCGAAAAGAAAAUAUCAAUUCAACAGAUUUUGCCGCGGUGAGGAAAUACAUUACAGUCAGAAAUGGACCAAUUCGUAUUUCGGGAAUAAAGUUAGAUGCUA